AUGGAGAAGCUGGUGGAAGUGUGCGAACCAGCUGAGGUUCGGAUAGAAUUCACACUCAACACCAAAUGCCGAGCCACUGUACAACUCAAGUCACUUCACUCAACCACACCAAUAGCUUUCAAAAUCCAAACCUCAUCACCCAACAAAUUCCUGGUUAACCCACCGAGUGGACUCAUUCCACCUCUCUCUAUCUCCACUUUCCAAGUAAUCCUCAAACCUCAACCCAAUCUCCCUCGUUCUUACCCUCGUUCACCCUCCGACCGUUUCCUCAUAAAAACCGCCGAGUUUACAUCCAACUCGUCCGAUUCGACUCAUCCCGAUUCUAUCAACUCAUGGUUCGCUUCUCGACCUUAUGGAUUCUCAACUUACGAUAUCAAACUCAAAGUAGCUUUUAUCGGUUCGUUUCUUCUAUGCGAUGCCGUUUCUCGCGCUGAUUUGGAAACUGUUAGGAGUUUGAUUAAACGGAAGCGUUCUGUGUUGGCUGGUUUGUCUCCCGAUGAGUCUAACUCGCUUCUCCGAGUGGCUUCCGAGUUAGAUAACCCAGAUGAUAUGGUUCAUCUUUUACUUGAAGCUGGAUUGAGAAUUCACGAGACCGUUAGAUCUGAUAAUUUCAAGCGUCGUGAUGAUGUACACGUGGCGGAUGCGAACAUUGUACAACACGUGGAAGAUGAGGAGCAUGGACAAUUGGUGUUAGAGGCAUCAAGGAAUGGAAAUGUGAGGGAAGUUGAGUCAUUAUUAAGAAGAGGUGUGAAUUUCAACUACCGUGAUGAUUAUGGUUUAACAGCGCUUCAUGUUGCGGCAUUUAAAGGGCACAAGGAUGUGGUGUUAAUGCUUUGUAAGGCGGGGUUGGAGUUAGAAUGUGAGGAUGACGAUGGUCAUGUGCCUUUGCAUAUGGCGGUGGAGAGUGGUGAUUUUGAGACAGUUAGGGUUUUUGUUGAUAAGGGUGUGAAUGUUAAUGCUAUGAAUAAGAAGGGUGUGACACCUUUGUACUUGGCUAGAGUUUGGGGACAUCAGGAUGUAUGUGAGUUGCUUAUUCGGAGAGGAGCCUUGUCUUCUCUUUCUCUUGCUUUAGCUUAA